AUGGACAUGGUGCCAUCUGUCCUGUCCAAACUGCUCAUGAACAAGUCCAUCAGGGCCGGUAACCCACAGAUCAACCAGGGCAGGUAUUGCGUCUUGAAGGAACUAUGGAUGUGUGAUGUCAGUCACAUGGUAUCAUUUCAGGAAGAGAUUGGCUGUUCUGCAGCAAGAGCUGAGAGGACGUUUGGUCCUCUUUGCAAUAAGAGAAGCCAGCUGAAGAUGAAAAUGAAGAUGAUUAUGGUUUUUCAGUUUGCUUUUUGUUCUGCCUUUGCUGGAAUCGUUUUGUCCCUGGGAGAUGCCACAGGAAGCUUCUACAACGGACCCAACAGUUACAGCCUGUACAAGUCAGGAGACAGCUCCCACUUCACUGCUGUAAAGCCCACCAGCCGGCACAAAAACUACUGCGCCUACGUGGUGGAGAAGAAGGUUUCCUGCGUGGUGCAGGCUGGGUCAGCAAGCUACGUGAAGGCUGAGUACAACAAGUGUGCCUGGGGACAGAACUGCCCUUCCCUUAUGUACCGUAUGCUGCACAAGCCCCAGUACAAGGUUGGGUACAAGACAGUCACUGAGCUGGAGUGGCGCUGCUGUCACGGGUACUCUGGACCAAGCUGUGAUGUUGGCCCCGCCCCCAUGCCUGGCAAGAGCCUCAUGCCCCACCCGGGGAUGAAAGGUCACCCCUGGUACCAAUCCCUGCUGCACCCACCCCAGAAGUCCCUCCCCAGCAGCCCCCAGGGGCCAAAGAAGUCAGUCCCUGGUGGUCACCCCAAGCAUAGCCCUGCCCCCACAAAACGCGUGCCUACUGGAGAGAAAAAGCCCACACACUCCCAGCAAUUGAGCCAGGUGGACGGCGAGCGUCUGAAUCGGAUAGAGGAGGAUGUCCGCCGGCUGUCCCAGCGCCUGCAGACCCUGAGCGGAACGGUGGCAGGGCUGGAGGGCCGUCUGCGCCUGUCCCUGCGUGAGGACGCCAACGCUGCACUCGGUGCCGUGUUCAGCGGCACCACCCCCCUGUCAGAGCCCUCUGUCGGCUUUGGGACUAUCCCCGCUGGCACCUUUGAUGGUCUAGAUGGGGGAGAGGGUUUCCCGGGUUUGGGGGACCUGGUGGGGACAGUGACAGAAGUGAAGGACAAGCUGAAGGCCCAGAGCACCAUGCUGGAGGAGGUUCAGAGUAUGGUUCUGGGCCAUGACGGACAGCUCAAGCACCUGCUGGAGGAGUUGACAGGGAGACCGGCACAAGAGGCCCCCAAAAGCCUCCUGGAGGAGAUGCUGAACACCAGGCUGCCUAGGGUUCGGGCUGAGAUCCUGGCAGGCCUAGAAACGCAGCUGACGGGGGCGGAGACGCGCUGUCAGGAGCGCCUUGGGGAGGUGCAGCAGCAGUGCCACAGAGAGCUGGUGAACGGGCAGGAGCAGAUGCAACUGUCCCUGGACGGGAGCGAGGCAGACCUGCGGAAGGACUUAGGGGUGCUCCAGGCUCAGGUGCAGGACCUGACCAUGCUGGGUGACCAGGCGUCCACCCUGGCCCACAGGGUCCUGCAACUAGAGGAGUCUAUAAAGGGCCUGACAGAAUCUCAGAGGCAGCUGCAGAAUGAACUGAGCGGGCAGGCCGAGCACACCGAGACACUGCUGCAGGCACGUCUGGAGGACAUAGAGGCCAGGCUCAACGGCACCCAGGAGGGGAGCGGAGAAACCCAGCGGCAGGCUGAGCUGGAUGGCUUCGUGGCCCUACUGGAGGGGAAACUGAAGACCCUGGAAGAGCGUCUCAUAGAGGUGGUGGAUGAGCUGAGCAAUGUCACGGCCCCUGCGCUUCUGCACGGGCAGGCGGUGCCGGCGCUGGAGACAGAGGUGGAGUCACUCCGGCAGAGGCUGGAGGUGGACGUGGACAGAGUGCAGAAGCAGCUGGUCGCCCUGGAGCUUCUCUGCUCCUCCUGCUCCAAAGCCCCCGAUGCAGAAACAGCGCAGCCACAGGAGUGCUGCGAAGGCGUGGAUGUGGGGCUGUCGGGGAAACUGGACUCCCAAAUGGCUCAGCUGCAGCAGUUGAACAGCACCCUGCAGGGCUUAUUGAAGAGGGUGAGGCAACAGGAGGAGGAGAAGGAGGGCAAAGUCCAGGGUGAAAUCACACUGCUGAAGAUCAGCUUUAGCUCCGUUAACCACACGCUGACGGCCCUGAAAGACUCUGUCGGCCUAUUUGCCCAAGAAGCGAGCCACGCUAACGCCAGCUGGCACCAGCACCAGGACCAACUGGCCGGUGAGGUACAGGGCGUCACACAGCUGGUGGACAGGCAGGGGGCGCUGCUGGGAGCUGGCGAGCGCAGGCUGGCCCAGCUGAAGCGGGAGCUGAGGGGACUGAAGCGCCGUCUGGCCGGGGGACUGCAGGGCUGCCGCAGCACGGCUCAGGAUGUCCAGAAGGAGGUGACCGAAAUGGACGGCCGUGUCACCCGCGUCGAGGGACAAUGCAGCAGCCUUGGGGAGCUGGCCGACCACCUGGAGAGAAUUCGGGAGGAGCUGGAGAUACAGUCUGAUGCCUACCUGUCCCAGGUGAACGGAACUCUCACCGACCACUCUCAACAGCUGGUCGAGCUGAGAGAGGGACUCAAAGAGUGCACUGGGCGGGGCGACCAAUAG